AUGUCCGCAGGGUAUUCAUGUUUACUUUUACUCACGGGGUUUGUGCCUGGCUGCGGCUGCGCAAGGCCUGGGGUCAAAUGUGGCUUUUUUUCUGCAGGCCGGCCAGCGCGCCUGCGCUGUGCUCUCCAUUCCCCCGCCUGGAGGAGGCCUUUCUUCCGGCUCCUGAACCUGCGCAAGCUGGGCCUGAGUGACAAUGAGAUUCAGAGACUUCCCCCUGAGGUGGCCAACUUCAUGCAGCUGGUAGAGCUAGACAUCUCUCGCAAUGACAUUCCGGAAAUCCCUGAAAGCAUCAAAUUCUGCAAAUCCCUGGAGAUUGCUGACUUCAGUGGGAAUCCGCUUUCCAGGCUUCCUGAGGGCUUCACCCAGCUGCGGAGCCUGGGCCACCUGGCCCUGAAUGAUGUGUCCCUGCAGAGCCUCCCCAGUGAUAUCGGGAAUUUGGCCAAUCUGGUGACUCUGGAGCUGCGUGAGAAUCUGCUCAAGGCCCUCCCCACUUCGCUCUCGUUCCUUGUCAAGUUAGAGCAGUUGGAUCUUGGUGGCAAUGACUUGGAAGUGCUGCCGGACACUCUGGGAGCAUUGCCGAACCUGCGGGAGCUCUGGCUAGACCGAAACCAGCUGUCGGCCCUGCCCCCGGAGCUAGGGAACCUGCGGCGUUUGGUCUGUCUAGACGUGUCUGAGAACAAGCUGGAGCACCUGCCCAAUGAGCUCAGUGGGCUGGUGGCAUUGACAGACCUCCUGCUGUCUCAGAACCUGCUGGAAAGCAUUCCUGAUGGGAUUGGGCAGCUGAAGCAGCUCUCCAUCCUAAAGGUGGAUCAGAAUCGGCUGGUGGAGGUGACAGAGUCGAUAGGGGACUGUGAGAAUCUCUCGGAGCUCAUCCUGACUGAGAACGUACUUACCGCCUUGCCAAAGUCCCUGGGGAAGCUGACCAAGCUGACCAAUUUGAAUGUGGACCGGAACCGGCUGACGGCACUUCCCUCGGAGAUUGGGGGGUGUGCCAGUCUGAAUGUGCUGUCCCUGCGGGACAACCGCCUGGCACUUCUGCCUCCCGAACUCGCCAACACUACGGAGCUCCAUGUGCUGGAUGUGGCAGGGAACAGGCUGCAGAACUUGCCCUUUGCUCUGACAAAUCUGAACCUGAAGGCACUAUGGCUGGCAGAGAACCAAUCCCAGCCAAUGCUGAAAUUCCAGACAGAAGAUGAUGAGAAGACGGGCGAAAAGGUUCUCACCUGUUACCUGCUGCCCCAGCAGCCAUCACCCAGUCUCGAAAAUCUCCUGCAGAACAGCGUGGAUGAGAGCUGGACAGACACCAACUUGAACCGGGUCAGCGUUAUCCAGUUCUUGGAUGAGCCCAGAGCAGAUGACGAGGAGGAGGCUGGAGCUGAGAAAAGGGGCUUGCAGCGCAGAGCAACCCCUCACCCCAGUGAGCUGAAGGUCAUGAAGAAAGUGAUUGAAGUUCGGCGCAACGAGAUGUACUCUGCAAAGCCCGAUGUGAACCCGGAUUCUCCCGACUCAGAGGAGAAGCGGCUGAGCGCCAUGUCCAGUCGCAGCGAGGACUCGCAUGUCUCCAACAGCACCGUCUCUGCCAACUUCAGGGAGGAGGAGGAGGUGGGGGCAGGGGGCACCAGGCCGAAUGGACAAGUGCCUGAAAAGCAGGAGCUGGAGAGCGAGAUGAAGCCCAUGGCUGAGGAGGAGCAGGCAGUGGAGCCGGCAGUUGGUCACGAGGAGGAGCUGGAGGCGGAGUACAAUGAGCCCUCCGUGCAUUUUGCGGAGGACACCCUGGUCCGGAGCGAGGAGGAGGACGACGACGACGAGCGGCCCUUCCCCGUGGAGAAGCAGCGGCUGAUCCGCAAGGACACCCCACACUAUAAGAAACACUUUAAGAUCACCAAGCUGCCCAAGCCAGAGGCAGUGGUGGCGCUCCUGCAGGGGCUGAGCAGUGACGGGGUGCCGGAGGAGGAGGAGCGGGGGGGCUGCAGUAACAGUGUGGAGCCCCCAGAGCAGGAGGAGGCCUGGGACGAGGACAGUGUGAAGGACGGAGCCUUGCCCACGCAGCCGUCAGUCAAGGGGGUGUCGUUUGAUCAAGCCAAUAAUCUGCUGAUUGAGCCUGCUCGCAUUGAGGAGGAAGAGCUGACUCUGACUAUCCUGCGGCAGACAGGGGGGCUGGGCAUCAGCAUCGCAGGGGGAAAAGGCUCAACUCCAUACAAGGGCGACGACGAGGGCAUCUUUAUUUCCCGUGUGUCAGAGGAGGGCCCUGCAGCCCGAGCAGGAGUCCGUGUUGGGGACAAGCUCCUGGAGGUGAACGGCGUGGCCCUGCACUCUGCGGAGCACCACGUGGCCGUAGACGCGCUGCGUGGCUCAGGGAGCUCGGUCUCCAUGACGGUCCUUCGGGAGCGUAUGGUGGAACCUGAGAACGCCAUCACGGUUACACCCCUGCGUCCUGAGGAUGACUACAGCCCUCGAGAGCCGCGGGGCGGCCUGCGCUUUCCAGAGCGGCCCGAGGGGGCGCCGCCCACCGAGCGAUUCUCCACCUGCCUUGUGCGCAACGAGAAAGGGCUGGGCUUCAGCAUUGCCGGCGGCAAGGGCUCCACGCCCUACAAGGCGGGUGACAUGGGAAUCUUUAUCUCGCGGAUCGCAGAGGGGGGUGCGGCCCAUCGGGACGGGACCCUGCGCGUUGGAGACCGGGUCAUCUCGAUCAAUGGGGUAGACAUGACAGAAGCCAGGCAUGAUCAGGCAGUAGCACUGCUUACCGCAUCCUCCCCCACCAUCGCGCUGCUGGUAGAGAGAGAGGGUGCAGAGCAGCUCAGCGAGGGAGACUCGCCUGUGGCGCAGCGAGGGCGCGCACACUCCCCACACCACCCUCGCGCACACUCCCCACCACCCCCCUCCAGCCAUGGCGAGAGCCCGCCGGAGGAGACGGCUCUGCUGCAAAGGGACCAUCUGUCCAAAGGCCUGGAGGACCAGUACCCCAUCGAGGAGAUCUGUCUGAUCAAAGCUGGGGGGCCCUUGGGGCUCAGCAUUGUUGGAGGCAGCGACCACUCGAGCCACCCAUUUGGGAUUCAGGAGCCAGGUGUCUUUAUCUCAAAGGUCAUUCCACAUGGGCUGGCAUCCCGCAGUGGCCUGCGAGUGGGGGACAGGAUCCUGGAGGUUAACACCAUUGACCUGCGCCAUGCUACCCACCAGGAGGCUGUGAACGCCCUGCUGUCCAGCACACAGGCGCUGAGCAUGCUGGUGAGACGAGACCCACCGCCCCCUGGCAUGCAGGAGAUCUGCAUUGAGAAGGCUCCUGGGGAAAAGCUGGGCAUCAGCAUUCGGGGGGGAGCGAAAGGUCAUGCUGGGAACCCCUUUGACCCCACCGAUGAGGGCAUCUUCAUCUCCAAGGUGAGCUCCUCUGGGGCUGCUGCCCGGGAUGGCCGGCUGAAGGUGGGGCUUCGGAUCCUGGAGGUGAAUCACCAGAGCCUGCUGGGAAUGACGCACACUGAGGCUGUGCAGAUCCUACGCAGUGUGGGUGACAAGCUCCUUGUGCUUGUGUGUGAUGGCUUUGACCCCAAGGCCGCAGCUGCAAUCGAGAUGUCCCCAGGAAUCAUUGCCAAUCCCUUUGCAGCUGGCAUCGGGCGCAAGAACAGCCUGGAGAGCAUCUCCUCCAUUGACCGUGACCUGACCCCAGAGGAGCUGGAGAUCCUACAAAAGGAGAUGGAGAUGGUGAGGGAGGCGACUCAGUGGGAGAGAGAAGAAAUGGAGAAAGUGAACAUCAGCAGUGAGCCCUUGCGAUUGGACUAUCGGACCCUGGCGGCUUUGCCCACAAACAACUUCCCAAGAGUCACCCGUGCUGCUCCAGCAGGCGAGUCAGGCCCUGGGAGCUCCAGGUGCGAUGCCUCUUACUCACCAAGCAGCCAACAGCCACCUGCAGCCCUUCGGCCUGCUCAUCUGUCAGGCAGGGAGACUCGCUUUGCAACAAUAAACUUCAUCCCACCACAGGAUGAGAGCAAACCACAGACCAAGCCAGGCAGCAUCCAGCCUCUCUCCUGGGUGCGACAGAAUGCGGCCCCACCUAGUUCGGAGGGCAGGGACAGCCCCAACCCCUUCCAGCAACCUGAGUCAUCUGCCGGUGUCCAGAACACUCUGCGUCCCCACGCACCCCCCUCUCCUGAGGAUGUCCCAGUCAAUGUCAAGCAGGCAUACAAGACCUUUGCAGCAGUGCCCCAGUCACAUUCUCUCCUUGAGCCACAGGCCAAUAAGGUAGGGGUGGGACAGAGACGAUUACCUGGCUGCACAGACUGGGGACGGGGCAGGCAGAGAAAACGGGGAUACUGGGAGCAUCACAGAAGUUUCCCUUUUCUCUCUCCUCAGGAGAUGCAUGGUCAUACAAGCACUGAGAAACCUAAAGCUUCUCCUGAGAUGCUGUCACCUGGGGGACUGCACAGCCCAGAGCAGCGAUCCUUCCGCGAGAGGCAAAAGUACUUUGAGAUGGAAGUGAAGCAGCAGCAGGUGGAGAAGCCACCCAAGCGUGUCUCCCUGGUGGGGGAGGAUGACCUGAAGAAAAUGAAGGAGGAGGAAGCUCGUAAACUGCAGCAGAAACGGGCCCUAUUACUGGAGGAGGAGGAGGAGGAAGAAGAGGAGGAUGCAGGGAAGCCCGAUAUGAGCAUGCAGUCCAGCGUCAUCAUCGAAGGAGUGGAAUACAAGAUCAAGAGGCUAAAUGGAAGGAGCAUUCAGUCCCCAGCAACUCGGGAAUCCGAGGCAGACGAGCACAGCAGCUCCCAGAGAAACUCGCUAGAGGACGGAUUCAAGCUGGAGCAGAGACCUAACUCCAUGUCUGGACUGAUCCCAGUGUACCCAGGGGGCGAGGCAGGGGCACCGGUGCGAACAGCCAAAGCUGAGCGACGGCACCAGGAGCGAUUGCGGAUGCAGAGCCCUGAGUUCCUGAGUACCCAGGAGAAGGAGCUGUCUCCAGCUGAGCGCCGGGCCCUGGAGGCAGAGAAACGAGCCAUGUGGAGGGCAGCACGAUCCUCCACUCUUGAAGACAGUAUUAAACAGUACGAGCAGGAGCUGGCCAGGAAGCUCUACCAGUCCCGACAGUGGGCACCUGCACCAGGGGCCAGGCCAGCUCAGGUGUCUAGCCCAGUGCAGAGUCACGGCUCAAGGACCCCUGGGUCAGGAAGUCAAUCCAGGAUGAAGUCUCUGGAGCAGGAUGCCCUCAAAGCCCAGAUGGUGAUUGCCAAGUCCAAGGAGGGGAAGAAGCGCAGCACUCUGGAACAGCUGGCUGAAUCUCCUUCACCUGCUCCCACUCCCUCCCCAACGCUGCCAGAAGACUGCAGCCCCAGGAAUGUCACUUCACCAGGGAGGCUGUCCAUGUCUGAAAAGAAGUUUGACUACCGGGAAUUUGCUGCUAUUCCUUCUUCCAAACCUGUUUAUGAAAUCCAGUCACCAGAAGCAGUUGACAGUCUCCGCUAUGUGGAUGACACAAAUAGCACAGGUCCCCAGGAGCCAGAUGGACCAGCAGAGGAAGAGGGGCUGUUAGUAACACACGACUCCUCAACACCUACCACAUCAGCACUUGAAGAAAUGGCUCUGUACAGCAGCAAGCGCAAACUCCGACACAGCCGUCGAAGUCUGGAGGCUGCUGUCCCCACAUAAAAGGCCUGAUGCACUGGGGCAACAGGACAGCACAGCACAGGACUCUACAACUUCCUAGACUCCACGGACAGCAUUGGACUGGGUUCCACAGCAUGACAUUGGCUGGGAACUGCACAUCCCAGGAGGUGUUGUGGUUAACUAACUUUCUUUAGGCUGUGAACCUCCUUUUUUCUCACUACCCACAGUGCUGGGCAUGUGCCGAACAAGACAGGACAGUGCUGGACUUUAAGACGUCUGACAAAGCGGGGCAAGGGAAGGAGCAGAAGCAGCAAUUUGUUAGUCUGUAAAUAGUGUGUGUGUGUGCGUACAUGUGUGCGUGCAUGAGUGAGUGCGUGACGCUGCCCCUGUUGUUCCCUCCACUUGGUUUUUCAGUGGUUAAUACAGGGGCUUUUUCUGAUGUGACUUAUCACGAAGGCCAGCCCUUUACUCUCAUUUAAAUUCCAGUGAUUUGUCGAAAACCAGGUCCCCUUGCCCCCACUCAUGGCGUGGCAUGUCUGUGCAGAGGCAAGAAUCUGUGAGCUCUAUGCCAUCAGUAGUCUGGCCCAGUGUGACACUGUUCCUUUGGGCAGCGCACUGCCCCCCAGAUGCACAUGGAAUUCAUGUAGCACAGGCUGUGACCUCCUCUGGGCAAAGACACUACAGGAGGGCAGCGGAACAGGUGCUGACUGUGUGAGAGUAGCAUGCAUGAGCUGGAUGAACUAGGGGAGAUGGGGGUACAGAAACAAAUUGGCCAGCUAUAGCAAAGUCAUAGCAAUAUGUGCAUGUGACGGCGGUAGGGACAGACUAGUUGGGGAUUAGAAUGUGGUGACACAGCAGUAGGUGGGACAAAUGAGACAGUGAGGAUAAGGUCCUAGUGUAGAGUGCAAGGAGAAAGUGGGAUGUGGGUUGGUGGGGGGUCAAGUAAAGGCAUUAGGUGCAGGAUGAUGGUGGGACACAGUGAUGGUGUGGGCGGCAGAAGGUGGUGGCUCACACUGUGUUGUCUGUAAGCACUGAAGUAAAAUGUGAGAUUUAAGGGGGACUGGACACAGACAAAGUGAGACCCAUACAGGAAGCUCCAAGGGGAAAAGGAUAAUUAGAUAGGCAUCGCAAUAACUACAAAGCCUACGGUCUCUAGCAAUGUGGUGGCUUUGUGACCCUUUCCCUCCAGCUUAGGACAGAUGAAAUUGUUUACACAUGCACCAAGGGAGUUAUUGCUGGCUUCCUGCCUGGAACAAGGGCUUGCUCAGCCUUAGUACCAAGUGAACCCAUGGGUGUGGUGCCAGUGAGUAGGUGCCUAACUCUACCUGUGAUGUUAUUGUUUCUCUUGGUUUUACUGCCCUGUGUGAGUUAGCAGCCCUUAGCCACCCAUGCCCCAAAGCAAGGCAUCUGAUCUUGGCAAUGGCCUGAGUGCUCUUUCCACUCCCACUAACAAAUUGGUGCUGAUGCCAGCAACAGUAAGACCAGAGCUGGCCCGUAAUCAGCCCAGUGCCAGGAUGUGACUAGGGAGUGAAGGGCACUUCUGCUUGUACAUUUUUUUAAAUGACUGAAUGUGGUUUCUUUUAGCUGAGACUCUCCUCCCUUCACACCAAAAUCACAUGGCACAUGUUAACUGAAUUAAUAAGUUUCAUUUUACAGGGAUCAGCGGUGGGGGGAGGGAAAUCUGAUGAUCUAUCAAAUUACAGCCACAGCUGCUGCCAUCAGCAAUUUGAGCUUUUCCUUUUUAAAAACUUCAUCUUAGCAUUUGCUUUUCUAACGAGCAAUUUCUGGAAACAAUCAUGAAAAUUGGUUUUGGUGACUAACUUGUAAUUUUCCUUUUCCUUUGUGGUCCUUGGGUGCCAGGCUCUAAUCUCUCUACCCUCCUGAGAGAUGCAGAAGAAAAAUUAGCUCAUCAAGACUGUAACUAGUGAAAUUUGUACAACCAAAGAAAUCUAUUUUGUGGUUCAAGGAGAAUAAAGUUUACUUUUCAUUUGA